AUGGACGCACACAUUACACAGUUACAUUCCGGCACAGAGAGCACGGUCACCUUCAUUCGUCAAAAGUUUUGGAAUCCAAGCAUUCGCCAACAUGUUCGGAAAAUUAUUCACUCGUGUGUCACGUGCCGCAAGGUUACAAGUAGACCAUACCGGGUACCAGAUCCCCCACCGUUACCUAGCGACAGAGUGAAACAUGCGCCACCUUUUACGGUCAAAGGAAUAGACUUCACCGGAGCGUUUACUGUGAAGGCAUCAGACGGGGAUCUACAAAAGGCUUACAUUUGUCUGUUCACGUGUGCCAAUACACGGGCUAUUCAUUUAGAAAUUGUACCAAACAUGACAGUAGACUCUUUUAUUUUGGCUCUACGACGUUUCUUUAGCAGGAGAGCAAUACCAAAAAUCAUUAUGUCGGACAAUGCCCUGACGUACAUCUCCACUGCCAAAUUACUGAAGACAGAGAUCCUUGGGACAUACGGUAUUACAUGGAAGUUUAUCCCACAACAUGCCCCAUGGUACGGAGGCUGGUGGGAGAGGCUCAUUGCCGUUACUAAGACAUCCAUUAAGAAAGUACUCGGGAAAGUUCUGCAAACUAUUGUUACAGAAGUAGAAUGUAUCGUCAAUGACCGCCCACUCACGCACAUUUCUAUAGACCCCACUGAUGAGGAACCUCUUACCCCUUCCCAUCUGCUGUAUGGGCGCAGAAUUACCUCCCCUGUUUACCCAGACGAUCAAGAAGCCACAGCAGACGACAUUUCCCACAGUUCUGCAGACAAACUUUACAGGUUUAAGUCUGCAACGAUUGAACACUUUUGGUCGAGAUGGAAGCAUGAAUAUCUCACAUCUUUGCGACAGUUUCAUAAGAUGUCUGGCAAUCAUGGCGAUACUGUUACGGUUGGCGACGUAGUGCAAAUACAUGACAAUAACCUUCCGAGAAAUCGCUGGUCCCUUGGCGUCAUAGAGGACGUUGUCACUGGUAGAGAUGGUCUUAUCCGAGCAGCCCGUAUCAGAUCCAGACGAGGUGUUACCAUGCGACCCAUUGCCAAGCUGUAUCCACUCGAGUUGAAAUAA